AUGUCAUUCCAGCAUAUCGAAUACCUCAUCCCUUCCCUCCUAGCUACCAUCCUAGCAUUAUAUCCACUCCCAUGGCAUAUUCGUACUCGAAAUAUAGCCACCCUAUCCAUGAUCUUCUGGAUGACAGCUUUGAACAUGGUACACAAUGUGAACUGUAUAGUAUGGGAUGAUAAUUCAGAUAUCAAAUCGAGAGUAUGGGGAGAUAUCAGUACAAUCAUUAUUGUCGGAUACAAUUUCGCCUUACCCACCGCUCAUCUCUUACUGGCCAAACAACUCGAAUCUCUUACCACCCUCCGACCUCACUCUCCACUAUAUGACGAUAAAGCCAGAAGAAAACAUCGAAUGAUCGAUUUGUCCGUCACCUUUGUUGUUCCCAUCGUGGGCGUAUUGGUCCAUCUAAGUAAUAUGGACAGAAGGUUUUAUGUGGUUGAGAGUUUUGGACCGAUGCCUGCUACGUACUGGAAUGGCUGGGGUGUAUUUUGGAUGGCCGUCGUUCCUAUUUUGAUCGCUCUCGCCUGUGCUAUAUACACGGCCCUCGCACUUAUCAAUAUCAUCAGAAGACGUAAACAGAUGUUAUCGAUGAUAGCUACAGGUUCAUCAGUGAACAAGGAACAAUUUUUCAGGUUAAUGUUCUUGACUGUUGCUGAAUUGGGUACAUGCUGCCUCCGAGCAAUCUUCAACCUCAUGUCAUUCCAACGAGGACCUCAACCCUUAGGUCACUUUGGUCCUCCAGUCCACAACCUCAGACGAAUCGAAAGUAUCCCAUUAAGUUUGGUGUCGGAAAGGGGUCUGCUGGUUUUGAGAUUAUCCUAUUUCACCUGUGUAGCUUGUAGUUACAUCUUCUUCCUUUGUUUCGUGACUAGUGCCGAAGUGAAGAGAUUCUACGGAUUAAUCCUCCAUCGAAUCUUCCCUUGUAUCCCUGAGCCCACCGACCGUACGAUCCAUCUAGGAAGUUUGGAUUCCGGCUUCAGCGGUUCAAGUACUCAAAAAAUCCAAAUUCAUACUUCCACAUCAACCUAUACUACUGAACAUCCCUCAAGCACCAACAUGCCAUUAUCACCUUUAUCUUCAUCCGGCUCGAUGUCGACUGCCAUAGGGACUGUCAAAGACAAAGAGAUGAGUCUUGAAGAUAUGUUGGGUACUCCCGUAAUGGGUCCACAGGGCAUUUAUAUGCCUAGAAAAGGAAGUCAGGCGAGUUUCGCAAGUAAUCCGUCGGAUAUACAUUUACCACCUAUGCUUGUUGAUAAAGAAAAAUGUCAGUGA